CGAUUUUCUCUCUUACCAGCGAUUUCUUUACUCCGACGGCAGCGCCAUGAGCAUCAACAAGGGCCACAACUUUGACGUCAAGCUGUUUGGCUUCUCAUGUGGCGGCAUCUCUGCCUCACGAAUCAGAGAUGCAGAGCCCUUCCACCUCACAGUGAACUUCGAUGGCAGCUGCGGCUUUCAGGUGCGCCUGCCUCAGGAGUGUGAUGGCACCGCACUCAUCUCGACUUCUGUGUGUGUCCUGCAGACUGAGGCAGUGACUGGGGUGGAGCCUCACUGGACGUGCAGCCGUCGAUUUGCCUAUCAGACCAGCAGCAUCGACACACUCACAACGUACAGCAGUACAGAAAGGGAAAGGAACGAGUCGCUCAUUGAAGUUGCGUUCGUUUGUUUGUUUCUCAGCAAGUACCUCAGUAUUUCGUGCGCCGAUGGGGCUGCUGUGGUUGGUGAGGCGUCUGUCGACCUGCGGACACUUGCCACAGGCCCAACGCGGUACUCACUCACUCUCAAGGACGGACAGAAGGCAAUGGUACGUGUGACAGAUCGGUGGCAGCGAGGAUGGAUGCAUGUUGGCAGCUGUGUUCGGUGCUGUAUGUCCAGGGCACUGUACGGUUCACGUGUGUUAUGGAGAUGAAGACCAGUGUGGCCAUAACUGUCAAGAACCUGUUUCUCAGCUGCAGCAAGGUCACACAGCAUCCGUGUUUGCAGACAACUAACUGCACGGUGAGUAUGUUAUGUUGGUCAGGCGAUGGGCGCGUCGAUUCGUGUCGUCCCUUCGAUGGCCAGCAGUCUCGAUUUCUCUUUUCCGUACUCAGCGGUGCGUCGGCUGGCCAUGCAUAGCAUACACCUCUCUAAAUGUGACGUACACACAUGUACUUAUACGUGUGUUGCGUGCAGGAGGGCCAUUGGCGUGGCGACAGGACCGUCAUUGUCGAUACUGCACUGGUGAGUGAGCUGACCAAAUCGAAGCGGAGAGAAAAGGCGGUCGUUUCCGUUUCCGUGACGUGUCCGUUUGCUCAGUGGGGUUUGUUGCGGGCUGACAUGGAGGAGCACCUGCUGUUUUAUGCGCUCGACCGAGACGGUUUCGUCGUCGCAACUGGUGGGGAGCAACACAUUAAGACAUUAGUGGCUGCAAUCGAUAGGUGCACAUCAGAUCCUUGUUGUGUGUAUGUGCAGCAAAGGUAGCCUUCUGCGAGCACUUCUCGAUGGAUGGCACUGCCGCAUUCAGAGGUGCGCAUGAGUAGACAUGCUUGAUGCACACCACGGCUCGGGCGGCAUCUUUUUCUGUUGUGUCGGUUGAUUGCCUGUCCGUCAGUUCCGCUUGCCCCCACGAGUGCCGUCAGCGGCCAUCUGUCUGGCGAGCUCGAGUACCAGAACUGCCCACCCCUUGCCCAGCUGGCGGGCGGCAUCUACUGCGACCGUCCCGCCCCAAUUGUGCAUGGUGGGUAUCGGCUGGUGGCGAAUCUGCCCUACCCGCCAGGCCUUCAGGAGGUGAGCUGUGCUCUGACUGACUGACUAGGUUUGCCUGUGGUGAUGACGCUCUGGUGUGUCUUUCUUCAGGCUCCUCCCGUGCUUUCCUCACCUGCUCACUUCCUGCCACUACACGACACCCCAGAUGCCAUGCUGCAGCUGCAGCUGCAGCAGGGCGACAACCGUCAGGUACACACAUACAAGUGCAUCCAUCAGUCACAUGACUGCCUGUGCCUAUUUAUUUGUAUGUCCCUCCCCGCAGGAGCUCCCUCUUGAUGUACGUGUCGUUGGCACUUGUCGGCAGCCGUGCUGCCUGUCUGAUGCGGAGGUCAGUGUGGCUGAUCUGCGGCAACACCUCCACAAGGCCAUGGAGGCCAACAAUUUGGGACAGGUGAGUGACUGUGAGGAAGACAGACAGGCGGCUGGGCUGGGCUCGUUCGUCAUCCGCUGUCUGUGGUUGUAUGGGUGCAGGCCUUUGCGUGUGGCGAGGCUGCUGGAGGUUGA